AUGACUAGAUUGUUACCCUUCGUCGCCACAUUGGUGGGUUUCAUCAACUGCGCAGCUGUUGAACGACGAUGGACACCCGAUGCAGUUGCAACAGUUGACCUUGCCAUCAACAAGGGCGCACCACAGCAUCUCGCAAGUGGUAUUCUCUAUGGAAUACCAGACGUUCCAGAUCAGAUCCCUGAUCACUUCUACACUGAUAUUGGUCUACAAUGGUUUCGCGCCGGUGGCGCACAGAUGAUUGAACCCAACCGCGGCUGGUCUUGGGGCGAGGCCGAGAUGGAGAAAAGAUGGGAGUCAACUCUCAGCAAUUACAAGACCGUCAGAAAGUACAACGGAAAGUUCCAGCUUUUACUCCACGAUCUUUGGGGCACAGACGUCAUUGGCAGAAUCAAAGCCAACGAUAUGCUUCCAAGCUUGUUUAUUGACAUCUGGAAUGAACCUGAGUGGGGCUUCUGGAAGAGACCUCAAGCGCAAUGGCUUGAUAUGUUCGGUCGAGUCAUCAACAGAUUUCGAUCAGAUGUUGCUCUCGGAGGGAUCCAAAUGAUCGGGCCCUCCCUAUCACUGCCCCCGACUGAAGACAGCACAUGGUGGUCUAACUUCUUGACUUAUGUCGCUGCGAACAAUUCAGCACCGGAUCUUUACAGCUGGCACCACAUAGAAGCCCUGGACAAUCCGACUAAUGACCUCCAGAAUAGCUUGGUCACUUUUAACAACAUGCGCUCCACGGCCGGUGCGCCGGAGAGACCGGUCAACAUCAACGAGUACCUCAACCUUGCCGAUGAACUCAACCCCGCAGCCACAGUAUGGCAUUUGUCCCGCUUUGAAAGAUAUGAUACCUCAGGUCUGCGGUCAAACUGGCGCGGGGGCCCGGAUGGUUCCCACCUCCGUGAUUUCCUCGCCAGCCUUAUAUGGCGCGACAACCACGACCUUCCAUACCAUCCAAACGGCGACUGGCAAGCGCUCAAGUACUAUAACACCAAUAUGACGGGUUACCGGGCUGCGACAACCGGGUCUGAGGAUCGUAUUUUCGAUGUUUAUGCAACAGUUGGGAGCGACAAAUUACGUGCCCUCGCUGGCGUGCGGGUAAAGACGGGCACCUGGGCCCUCACUUUAAAAAACCUGAGUGCAGUGGGGCUGCCCCCGGUCGGGGAGUUAAGGAUCCAGACCUGGGGUUUCACCUACGAGAUCCCGGAGGCAGAGUUGGAUGCUCCCACGGACCGCGGCAUCGCCACACAUUCUUACACAAACGACGAAAUCACUAUCGCCAUUUAUCAAACCGAAGAAGACUGGAAGACUGCGUGGGCCUUUGAAUUUGAGAUUUAG